AUUUUGCCACAAUAAAAAUAUUUAUUCUUGGGGCUGGAGGAACAGCAGGGCUAUUAAAUACAUUUAUUGUUCUUGGAGAGAAUCAGGUUUGGUCCCCAGAACUGACACGCGUAUGUGGAUGCAGGUAAACACUCAUAUACAUAAAAAUAAAGAAAACACACUAAAAACAUUUUUUAAAACGCUUCCAGGUUGCAGCAACCUUUUUGGAUUUCAUGGGAAACCUGCACAUGCGAUGAGCAAUGUAGUCGGGAGGCUGGAGAGAGAACUGUUAACAGAGGUUUAUGUGGUAAAGAUAAGUACAGGGUGAUGGAGUGUGGGAGUGGGGCAGCUGUGUGUGUGCUUGCGUGCGUGUACACGAGUGCCUGCCAGACAUUAAGAUCAAACACAUCUCCAUCCAUUUAUUUGUAUUUACAUGCAAAUGUUUCGCUUAUGCAAAACAGUAGACGUCUCCGGGGAAGCUUUUUUAGUCUCGAGCUUGUGAAGUCAUUGAAAACGAAGAGCAAAGCUGUCCCUAGGGUACAUCGAGUCUGCUUUGCCCCUGGGAGCUGGGCGAGUUCCAGGACGGAAAAUCCGAAGAGCUCAGACCUCACUCUCAAAGGUGAGCAGCGCCGCUGCCUGGAGGGCGGCAGGCCGUUGGCGGAACUGCGCAUGUCCGCGGGGAGGCCAGCGCGCCUUAGUGCGCACGCGCUCUCUGCAGUUUUGACUCCUCCCCUAGGGGCGGGGCAAGCGGGGCCCAAGAUGGCCGCUCUCCGCUACCGGCGUUUUCUUAAGCUCUGUGAGGAAUGGCCAGUGGACGAGACCAAACGGGGCCGGGACUUGGGCGCUUACCUGCGGCAGCGGGUAGCACAGGCCUUUCGGGAGGGAGAGAACACCCAGGUUGCAGAACCCGAGGCCUGUGAUCAGAUGUACGAGAGCUUAGCACGACUGCAUUCAAACUACUACAAGCACAAGGUGGCGCUGUUCCCACUAUUGUCCGGUCUGGGGCCUCACUCAGCACCUGGUAAACUGCAGGCGGCCAGAGGAAGACCGAGUGUGCAGAGCUAAGUGUCCCUUCUCUCCUGCCCCUUGCAGUACCCUCGCCCCAGAGACACCAGCUUCAGUGGCCUGUCCGUGGAAGAGUACAAGCUGAUCCUGUCCACAGGUAUGAAGGCAUGACUGCCCUCCCUGGUUGGCUUUAACCAGCCGGGUCAGGCUCGCUGACAGGUUUGCGUGAUGGGAAGCCUUGAGUAGCAGAGGAAAUCCUGAAGCUACAGGGCCUGAGCCACAGAACAUGGAAGAGGUCAAAGGCAUUACUCAUCUUAGUAAAAUCAUCUUUAGUGCUUUUAAUUCAAGGCUGGUGGCUGGGAACAUAUUAGCCAAAUUGGAAGUCAUUGGAUUCAGUUUGGAAGGAAAAUAACUUUAUUUUUAUGGUCCUAAGGGGGCUUUGUAAACAAUGAGGCUUUUAAUUAAAACAAAAAGCCAUUCAGUGAGUGAGUAUGGGGAUAUCCGUCUGAGGUAUCUGCCCCAGGAGAUGUGGUCUGCAGGUUCGAUAUGCGUCCAACGAGGUCUGUUUGGGAGUCAUGGCUGGAGCCCAGCUCGUGGGAAGGAAGCCCCUGCCAGCCAACCCUCCUCACUUCCCCGUUUCCAUUGUCACUGGAAGAGUCCGAGCAGGCGGGUCCUGGGAAAGUGCUGUUCUUAUUGCCAGGGACAUUGUAUAUAAAAAUAGGCUAACCUUUUCUGGGAGGGAGGGCCCUGAACGUUGGCUGUCUGGUAGUCUAGAAAUUUCUCCUUCCUCUUGGCUGGGAAGAUUCGGCCUUCUAGAGUCUUGCCCUUGUGGGCAGAUGGGAACCUGGCAACGUCAUCUGCUGUGUCUGUCAGUGCUGGCUCUUGGGAGGGCAGGUCUUUGACUGUGUGGCCAGGCAUCUCUUUGAGGUGUUCGUCUCUCUGACGUAUAAUUUACUCACACACCCGAGCGUGCAUCAGCAGCAGUGAUGGCAUGUGUGUGAGGGAUCUGAGAGUGGACUCAGCAGACUGUGCUUCCCACCAUCUUGUCCUUGCCCCUUCUACCGGACCUCAGGAAGCCUCUCAGCAGGCAGCAGGGGAGUGUGGAGACUGUUGGUCUGGCUUCCCAUCAGCCCCGGAAACCCCCACAAUGUGUGCACAGCAGGCCUUGUGUUUUGUCGCACUUGUGUGGAGCCAUUUCCACCCAAGUAAGGCUUCCACACCGCACAGGAGCAGCAGGGCCUGCAGUGAGGCCCCCUGCCUAUGGCCUUAGUGUGUAGGAGAGCAGCCACCCCAGGGUCACCCUUGGCACCUUGUGUGGGAAUCUGGACAUGGGAAAGUCCCAGGGUGGGAGGCACUGCUGUGGCUGCCACACGGUGUAUUCCAGGCUGGUGUGGAGCCACUGCCCAAACCAGUAAUUGCAGCUAGCAUUUGUGUUACAAUGGGUCUACAAGCGAAACGGUAUGGUAGCGUGUGAACGGCAGGGGAGCGUGUAAACGGUAUGGUAGUGUCUGAGCUUACACCUAGGGGUUACAGAAUGAGAGGUCGGCUAGGAGACAGACGUCCCUGUGCUCCAUGGACAUGCAGCCAUGGUUGUCACAGUUGUCAGUAGGGCCAUGCUGGCCUUAUCAGCGGCUGACCGUGUCAUUGCAUGUAUGCAAGGGGGCUGGGGGAGGGGGGGAAGACAGGGGUUCUCUGUUUAGUCUUGGCCAUCUUGGAACUCACUCUGUAGACCAGGCAGGCCUUGAACUCAAGAGUUCAACCCACCUCUGCCCCAUGAGUGUUGCAAUUAAAGGUGCGGGCCACCACCACCACCUCCUGUGUGUGUGUUCUUAAAUUGGUUCUCUGCACACAUGACGAACACAGAACCUGCCACCAUUGUGAAGGUGGCAGCAUGGGAAAUUUUUGGUCUUCUGGUUUUACAGUUGAACUUAAGGUUGCAAGGGUUCAGGGAUUUGCUUGGGGUUGGGUGGGGGUGGGAUGUCGUGUCCACCUCCCUCCCCACAGCCUACAGGGGCCCACACUGCUGACAGCUCCUUAUAGCUUCCAUAGCCAGGACCUUGCCUCCCUCUACCUGGUUCCUGCAGCUGAUAUAGACAUUAGUAGGCCAAGCUUGGAAAGAGAGUUGGGCCAUUCUUGGUGUGGGGUUGGGGGUUGGGCAGGAAGCACACCUCGGAGGUGCUGAGAAGGGCACAGUCAGGUCGGGAAGGAGGUCGGCCAUUUCCUUGCUAUAGUGUGGCAUGGGGCAGGAAUGCACAUCCGUGGUGCUGAAGGGGGUGGGCAGUAACCCUCGGCCUUGUGCCCUCACCACCAGCCGUCUCCUAUCGGCAGAGAGAUCCACUUUUCACAGUACAGACCACUGCCCGGGACACACAAAGCAAAGCAUGUCCUUUAUGAGCCAUCCUCAUGGGCAAGUGUAGGAAGACGUCUGUCUGUUCUGUCUUUCCUGUGCAGACACUUUGGAGGAGUUUCAAGAGAUGAAUAAGAGUGUGUGGAGGAAACUGCAGGAGAAGUUUGCGCCCACAAGGCCCGAGGAGAAGCACAGAGCCUGGACUCGGGUGCUGUCCCGCCCACGGACCUGACUGCGCAGUCUCCUGAUGCCUGUCAAUAAACUGCCCAGUUUCCCCA